GAAGUGAGGUGAGAGGGAGACAAUCGGUGGGACGUUUUCAGCGCAGGGUCACCGAGGGGGGAUUAGCCAGAUUUUGAGCAUAGCCUUGAAAGAGUCCGGUCCGAAGGUCCCCGCUCCACUUGAUGGUACCUGCUCAGUCGGAUCCCACCCGAUCGGCUGCAGCGUGGCGACCGCAGAUCCAAAGGGACGAGGAGAGUGACCAGAUAGCGAGGAGACAGGGCUGUCAGCGAAGGCACCAGUCUCUGCAACUGUACACCUGCAUCUACACAUGCUACCUCGCCACCGUUAAGGGCCCAAACACUCCUUACAGGGACGAGCUCUUUUGAGAUUGUCAAGAGCAACAGUUUUGAAUGAACCAUUCCAGUACUUAUCGCCGUACUUUGUACCUACAGCCAUUAAAACAAAAUCUCCAAGACCAACACAUUGAGCCAGUAUAAAGCGGAGCAGAAAGAGUUUUCUAUACUUCCAGAGCUGCUGUAUUGCACACCACAGUUUGCCACAAGAACCAUGAGUAGAUUAAUUAAGUUCACAAAAGUGAACAUGGCAAGCAUUUUAUUACGUAGAUUUAUACAGCACCAGAAUGCAAAUGUGUUGUCUAAAUCCUAUUCUGCAAAGCCAUCAGCGUUCAACUACAUAAUAGUUGGAGCAGGUUCUGCAGGAUGUGUCUUGGCAAACCGCCUUUCUGAAGACUCCAGUGACUCGGUGCUCCUUUUGGAAGCAGGGCCUAAAGACACGCUAUUGAAUAGCAAGCGGAUGAUGUGGAAGAUCCAUAUGCCAGCUGCCUUGAUAUACAACCUCUGUGAUGAUAAGUACAACUGGUAUUACCACACCACGGCUCAAAAACACAUGAACAACCGUGUAAUGUACUGGCCAAGAGGUCGCGUUUGGGGAGGAUCUUCUUCUUUGAAUGCCAUGGUAUAUAUCCGCGGACACGCAGAGGAUUACAAUCGCUGGGAGAAGCAAGGUGCCACUGGAUGGAGUUAUGAGCACUGCCUUCCGUAUUUUAGGAAAGCACAAUGCCAUGAACUGGGGGCUGACCAGUACAGAGGGGGAAGCGGACCACUACACGUAUCGCGGGGAAAGACAAAUCAUCCUCUUCAUUUUGCUUUCCUGGAGGCUGGGCAGCAGGCAGGCUACCCAUUUACUGAUGAUAUGAAUGGAUUUCAGCAGGAAGGAGUUGGUUGGAUGGAUAUGACAAUUCACAAAGGGCAGAGAUGGAGUGCGGCCAGCGCAUACUUGCGCCCUAGUUUCACACGCAGCAACUUAACAGCUGAAGUGAAAACAUUUGUGACUAAAAUCUUAUUUGAUGGUACCAAGGCCAUCGGUGUUGAAUACGUUCAAGGAGGAGUAACAAAAAAGGUAUAUGCCAACAAGGAAGUGAUCUUGAGUGGAGGUUCAAUUAACUCCCCCCAGCUUCUCUUGUUAUCUGGGGUGGGCAACGCAGAUGACCUUAAAGCUCUGGGAAUUCCUGUUGUUUGUCAUCUUCCAGGUGUGGGCCAGAAUCUUCAAGAUCAUCUGGAACUAUAUGUGCAGCAAGAAUGUAUUAAGCCUAUAACACUGUAUAAAUCUCAAAAACCCUUCAAGAUGAUCCAGAUCGGUCUGGAAUGGUUUUGGAAGUUCACAGGUGAGGGAGCGACUGCUCACUUGGAAACUGGUGGGUUUAUCAGGAGUCAUCCUGGAGUAAGCCAUCCUGAUAUUCAGUUCCAUUUCCUGCCAUCGCUGGUGAUUGACCACGGGAGAGUCACACCUUACACUGAGGCCUACCAGGUUCAUGUGGGUUCAAUGAGGCCCACAAGUGUGGGCUGGUUGAAGCUCAAGAAUGCAAAUCCUAAAGAACACCCAAUUAUUGAACCAAACUACUUGUCUGCAGAAACUGACAUCUGGGAACUUCGCCAGUCAGUGAAGUUAAGCAGAGAGAUUUUUGCUCAAAAGGCCUUUGAUCAGUUCCGUGGACCAGAAAUUGCUCCCGGCAGCCAUGUGCAGACAGACAAGGAAAUUGAUGCUUUUGUGAAAGAGAAGGCUGAUAGUGCCUACCAUCCAUCCUGCACCUGUAAAAUGGGACAACCUUCAGAUCCCAUGGCAGUGGUCGACCCAGAAACAAGAGUUAUAGGGUUAGAAAAUUUAAGGGUUGUAGAUUCUUCUAUAAUGCCCAGUAUUGUAAGUGGAAACCUAAAUUCACCUACAAUUAUGUUGGCAGAGAAGGCUGCUGACAUAAUUAGGGGACGUCCAACACCAUGCGACAAGGAUGUUCCUGUUUUUAAAACCUAGGCACUUGAUUUAAAAUAAAGCAUGCCAUAUGUUAUAAUUAUUUUCUUCCUGCUUUAUGUUCCUCCCAUUUAAAAAAAAAAGGUUUUGUACAAUGUAAAGGAGCAAAAUCUGAAUAGUUGUAAAUAAACUAUUGGAUACAAAGUAGUUAACAUUUUGAA